AGGCAGGCUCAUCUAUACAUACAAUACUCCUCAAUUCUAUUCAGACUGUUCUGUAAGCCAUGGCGAAGCUCUCAGUGAAGCCGCGGCGGAGCAACCUCUACUUCCUGACGUUAACCACCGUGCUCUGCACUCUCUGCUACCUAAUCGGCGUCUGGCAGCACUCCGCCGGCUCCACUUCCUCCUCCUCCUCCUCCGCCGUAAUCAACUCCAUCGUCUCCGACGUCACCUGCCCGCAGCUCCCGAACAUCACCACCCGCCUCGACUUCGCCUCGCACCACCGCGCCGAGGACCUCCCCGUCCCGCCCGCCGAGGCGCGUGUCAUUCACUUUCCGCCGUGCGACGCCGGCCUGAGCGAGCACACGCCGUGCGAGGACGUGACGCGGUCGCUCAAGUUCGAGCGGGAGCGGCUGGUUUACCGGGAGAGGCAUUGCCCGGAGAAGGAGGAGCUUCUAAAGUGCCGGAUUCCGGCGCCUCACGGGUACACCGUGCCGUUCCGGUGGCCGGAGAGCCGGGGGGCGGUGUGGUACGCCAACGUGCCGCACAAGGAGUUGACAGUGGAGAAGAAGAAUCAGAAUUGGGUGCACUACGAAGGUGACCGGUUUCGAUUCCCUGGGGGAGGGACCAUGUUCCCUAACGGUGCGGACGCAUAUAUUGAUGAUAUUGGCAAGUUGAUUAAUCUCAAAGACGGCUCUAUUAGGACCGCCAUUGACACCGGUUGUGGGGUUGCAAGUUGGGGUGCUUAUCUUUUAUCUAGGGACAUUUUAACAGUGUCAUUUGCACCAAGAGACACUCAUGAAGCACAAGUUCAAUUUGCUCUUGAAAGAGGAGUUCCUGCAUUGAUUGGAGUAAUGGCUUCCAUCAGACUUCCAUAUCCCUCGAGAUCUUUCGACAUGGCUCACUGCUCUCGUUGCCUCAUUCCAUGGGGUGAAUUUGAUGGCCUGUACUUGAUUGAAGUGGAUCGUGUUCUAAGACCUGGUGGGUACUGGAUUCUUUCAGGCCCACCUAUCAACUGGCAAAGCCACUGGAAAGGUUGGCAAAGAACUCAGGCAGACCUGAAAGCUGAGCAGGACAAAAUUGAGAGAGUAGCAAAACGUUUAUGCUGGAAAAAAUUGAAGCAGAAGAAUGACCUUGCCAUUUGGCAAAAACCCACUAACCAUAUCCACUGUAAAGCCAAUAGAAAAGUCUUCAAGAAACCAUCAUUCUGCCAAGCUCAAAAUCCAGACACAGCAUGGUAUACUAAACUUGAGGAGUGUUUGACUCCCCUGCCCGCAGUGAACAGUAACAACGUUGAAGAAAUUUCAGGUGGGGAAUUGGCUAAAUGGCCAGCGAGGCUAACUACAGUCCCUCCAAGAAUUACUAGUGGAAGUUUGGAAGGAAUUACAGAUGAGAUGUUCAGGGAAAACACCGCGCUCUGGAAACAGAGAGUUGCACACUAUAAGACCUUGGACUAUCAGUUGGCAGACCCUGGGAGGUACCGUAAUUUGCUUGACAUGAACUCUUACUUGGGAAGCUUUGCAGCUGCACUGGUCGAUGACCCUGUGUGGGUUAUGAACAUUGUCCCGGUUGAGGCUGAGGUCAACACCCUUGGAGCCAUCUUUGAACGUGGAUUGAUAGGAACUUAUCAGAACUGGUGUGAGGCCAUGUCGACUUAUCCAAGAACCUAUGACUUCAUCCACUCUGAUUCAGUUUUCACUCUUUACAAGGACAGGUGCGAAAUGGAAGACAUUCUUUUAGAAAUGGAUAGGAUAUUAAGGCCACAAGGCAGCAUAAUUUUCAGGGACGAUGUGGAUAUGGUUGUGAAGGCCAAGGCGCUCUUAGAUGCAAUGCAAUAUGACGCCAGAAUUGUAGACCAUGAAGACGGUCCUCACCACAGAGAAAAAAUAUUGUUGGCAGCCAAGCAGUACUGGACUGCACCAGCACCAAACCAAAAUGGAGAGAGCAGUAAAGAAUCAUAGGACUUCUCUGUUACAUUUUUCUGUCCAUAAUUUGACUAUCAAAUGAUUCUUUUCCAGCACCCCCCAUUUCUAUGGUGCGAUCGAUACUUGGGGCUGAAAUCUGCAUACCAAUGAAAAGUAAAAGAUUUUUUCGGUGA